AUGUCAACGCCACGUAGAAGGAUCGAGACAGAUGUAAUGAAGCUCCUCAUGAGUGAUUAUGAAGUUACUCUUGUCAAUGACAACAUGCAGGAAUUUUAUGUUCGGUUUCAUGGACCCGAAGAUACACCCUUUUCUGGUGGUGUAUGGAAAGUCCAUGUUGAACUACCUGAUCAAUAUCCAUUCAAAUCACCGUCGAUUGGGUUUAUGAAUAAAAUUUUUCAUCCCAAUAUUGACGAACUGUAUCCAAAUCCUACAGAUCCUCUCAACGGUGAAGCUGCCGCCCUACUAAUGAGGGAGCCACACACAUAUGAAGUCAAAGUAAAAGAGUACGUUAGCAGGUUUGCUACAAAAGAAGCAGCAGAUGCUGCGACAGAUGAAAGUUCUUCUAGCGAUGAAGUAAGUUCUGUAGAUACAUAUUCAGACGAAGAUGAAAGCCCAGACAUGGAUAUAUAA